GCUGCCGCCGCCCUGCCCCUGCUGCUAAGGCGGGGCUUUCUUCACGCAGAAGAUGUUGUUGUACUUCUGGGGGUUCCUGUACAGCAACUACCUCCGGUUUUGGCUGAAGUGGGUCCUGCGGCUGCUGACGCGGAAGUGCGAACUGCAGCGCGUCUUCGACGGCUCGAGGGCCGGCGCGCAGCGGACGCUGAGCAUAGAACAUUCACUGGAAUCAUCAAAGAAUAAGGUUUUAAGAAAUGCUGUACAUGUUGAGGAGGCCGAAGUGGAGAAGUGCGUCAGAGAUGUAAUGAAAGAAAAGAAAAUUGAGCAGAAGGAUACAGGGUUUAAGACAAAUCUACAUAUAUCCUUACUGCAGAUAUCAGGUUAUAGAAAACUUUAUUUGAAUGUGGAAAGUCUGAGGAAGGUCCCAUAUGAUUCGGAUAACGAAGAACAUGAGGAACAGUUAAUUGAGCUUUGGAAUUUGCUGAUGCCUCAUGAGAAUCUGAAGGCCAGAAUCACCAAGCAGUGGUGUGACAUUGGCUUCCAAGGCGAUGAUCCCAAAACAGACUUCAGAGGAAUGGGCCUGCUGGGGUUAGUGAAUCUGGUGUAUUUUAGUAAGCAUUACACCGACGAAGCUCGUCAGAUCCUUUCUCGUUCAAAUCACCCAAAGCUGGGAUACUCUUAUGCAAUAGUUGGAAUCAAUCUGACAGAAAUGGCAUACAGCUUACUUAAGAAUGGUGCUUUAAAGUCUCAUCUGUACAACGUGGUCUCUGGAUUGCCACAGAUGGAGCACUUCCAUCAGUUUUACUGUUAUCUGGUUUAUGAGUUUGACAAGUUCUGGUUUGAAGAAGAACCAGAAAGCAUUAUGCACUUCAACCAGUACAGAGAGAAAUUCCAUGAAAAAAUUAAGGGACUUCUACUGGAUUGUGAUGUGAUGCUAACCUUACAAAAUACAAAGAAACCUUAACUCCUCUGCAGUCUAUAAGGUUCUUCAUCAAAAGUGGAAUUAUGCAUUUGGAUGGAAGUUUUACAUGUUUCACCAAAUACUGUAUAACAACAGGACUUUUUUUUUUUUACAUUUAAAAAAAUAUCAAAAUUCAGUUAAAGCUUGGACAAUCAAUCUCUGUUUACAGGUCUUUAUAUGCUAUUCUCCAAAGGACAGCUUUUUAAAACGAAACAAAAAACAACCAACAAAAAAAACAACCCACAAAUCUCAAGAGCCUCUGGAUGACUGGCUUUCACAAUUUCUUUUACACUUCUUGGUGUAGGAACAUGAAGUAGGUAUUUAUGCCGCAUCAUGUUUUCUGUGAAUAGGUUUGACUUACUUAAUUGUCUUUUUAAAACUUUUUAGUUGAAAUUACUCUGGUUUUAGACUUUUUGGGUUCUUGUUCUGUACAUGUAGUCAAUUGUUCACUCAACAACGUUAAAUUUCUCUGUAAUGAAGAGGUCCGCGAAGGGGAUGUAUUAGUCACUUAACAAUUUUGGAGAAGAGGCUUAAUCCAUCAACAUAGUGAUGUACUUACUAGAAAUUACUUCUGGCUAAGGAGGUUUUUUUAUCUAUGGAUUUGUACCAACAAAUUCCUAUGUUUGGAAGAAGCUUAGUUUGCAAACAAACAAAAAGAACCACAAAUCAUCAGUGUGAGGAUCAGAUCCUCAGACUGAAGCUACUCCUUCUAAAAAUAUUCCUACUGUAAAAAUUUUCAGUUCUUUCUAAUCUGCCAGCUGCUCAGGCUGCUUGGCUCUGUAUCUGUUGUCAGCCCUUUCUUUUAGCAGCUGAUGGGGUAUUCUCAGUGGGAAGUACAAGAGAGUUUAGCCCUUUUAUAGAGUUCACUUAUUAUAAACCUGUGUUGCAGCUGCAGUCCCUGUUUUGUGAAAAUAAAUUCACACCUGAGCACAUGUCUCUAACAAAGGUGUAUUUUCCAUGGAAGGGAUGCAACUGUGACAUGUUCCUUAAUCUUGGCAUCCUCAGACAAUCUAGUCAGUAAGACUUCAUAUCUAUAUUGUGACUAAUUAUUGCUUAAAGCAACUUUAAGCAGAUUUGGUAUGACCAUCACUUCAUUUUCUAAAACCUACUAUUAAAAUAAGUGCCUUCUGCUUUAUUCAAUCAGUGUUUGAUUUUGAUUCUGUAACCAGAUCAUAGCCUUAGAAGCCUGAGUUAUUUGGGAAAGACUCUUUUAGUAUAUACCUAAAUAGCAUACAGUGGCACAAAAUUUCUAUGCUAAUAGAAGCUUUCAUGCUUUUUUUUUUUAAAUCAUCUCAGGUAAAUUAGUUAACUUCUAGUCACUGACUAAUCAUUAAGAGAUUCCUGAAGAAUACAAAUAUUGAACACGAGGAGAAGAAAAAAAGACAAACACCUUUUUGUAAUGAGUGGUUACACUACAUAAGUAUUAAAUGUAUUAUUAUAAUAUGUAAUACUGCAUCUCUUUGGAGAUAAUCAAAACCCAGCUGGACAUGGUCCCAAGCACCCUGC